CGGGGGAGGCCGGCGCUCGGCUUAGGCCGUCAUCGCGGCCACCCCCUGCCCUGAACCGGGCGCCAUGACCCGAGGCCGCCUCCGCCGCUCCGCCGCUCCCUAAGGGCUCCCUGCUACCCUCUCGCCAUGGCCCGCGGGGCUGGCGAGGCGGCCGCGGAGGGGGAGCUGGGAGGUGACAGCCUGUCUGUGAUAACCUGUGAAUCAGAUACAGAAAUGAAGUUAAAGAAGAAAAUUUUUAACAAGCCUCCAAAGUCACCAAAGUCUCCAUACAGCUCUAGCACACAACUGUAUCCUAAAAAAGCUGCAGUUUGGCGAUCUGUGCAGGGAACAUGCAGUGCACGUCUUGAGAGUGCAGCUGUAAAAAACCCAAGGCAGAUGUGGCUGGGAUCACUGAAACAAGGAAUGAGCCAUCCUCUGAAAUCAGAUGUUGACAUGGGGCAUAUGCGAACUAGCAUUUCUAGUAGCACUCCGGAAUAUUUGAAGGAAGCUCUAGGAAUGAAGAAGCCAAAACAUUCUCGUUCUUCUAGUAAUGGCUACGUUCCUGGAACUCCUGACUACAAGGAAAAAGAAGAUAUGUAUGAUGAAAUUAUAGAGCUGAAAAAGACAAUACAAGCUCAGAAAAAUGAGGGAGAUCGCAUGAAAACUAAGCUACGUCGACUAGAAGAAGAGAACAAUAGAAAGGAUAAACAGAUUGAGCAACUGUUGGAUCCCUCCAGGGGCGCUGAGCUGGCACGAGCUUUGUCAGAAAAGAAGACUGAUAAUGGAUGGGUGGUUAGUGGGUUAAAGCAGAAGAUUCUCAAGCUAGAACAACAGUGCAAGGAGAAAGACAACACUAUUAACAAAUUCCAGGCAGACAUGAAGACCACUAAUUUGGAAGAAAUGAGGAUGGCUAUGGAAACCUACUAUGAAGAGGUUCAUCGUCUCCAACUUCUCCUGGCAAAAUCUGAGUCUAUGAGGAAAAAUACAGAGGGCAGAGAUACCCAAAACCGACUAAAGGCACUGAAGGCUGCUGUCGUGAGAUUAUCCAGGAACAUCAAGGAGUUGCAGAAUGAGAAUCGGAGGCUGAAGGAAGAUCUAGAUCACGUACUGGGCAGUUCUCCUCCUUCCAAUAAAACAAAAAGUUAUAGUGAGUGGAGCAGACAGAGGCUGGUGAGACGUAUUUCAGAACUAGAAAAAAAAGUGUGUGCCAUGGAGAACACCAGGGUAUCAUCUGCAGGUACUGAAUCAUCACAGUUACUUGCUGAAUCAUCUUCACCUUCUGUAGACCUGGAUCAUCCAGCCUCUCAACAGGUAGACCAUGCGGAGGAAUGUCAUCGCCUCCAAGGGCUAGUGAAGAAACUGAAGAGUGAGAGGAAGGCACUUCAGAAUCUCCUACUCAAUAAAGAGUUGGAUAUCAAGCAGUUACUGCAGGCUAAGGCUGAAGUGGAGCUGGAGCUGCAGAAGUGGCAGAGUAAGAUGGAAGAAAAGAGUACACAAGAGCAGACUUUAAGUGAGGAAAUCCAGAACCUGACACAGAAAGUAGGGAAACUGGACUCAAAAUUGGAGGAAGAGAAGAGGCAAACAGCAGAAGAUACAAUGGAAAAGCUUAAUAAGUCUUCACCAGUCUGCAUGGUUAAAGGCAAAGAAGAUCACAGGAAGGAACAAGCAGCCAAAAUCAUCCAGAGACAGUGGAAGAUGUACCGAAACAAGAAAGAAGAAAUUGCUCUGGAUGAGGCAGUUGUUAUGCUUCAGGCAGCUUUCAGAGGACAUUUAGCACGACAGAAACUGUUACCGAAUAACGGGAUGCAUGAUGCAAAAUCUCACAACAAGAUCUGCAUGUCUCCUGUGUCAGACUCCUUGAGCUUGUCUUCUGCUUGUGAGGAGAAAGAUGAGAUUGCAACAUUUAUCCAGUCCAUUUUCAGGGCUCACUUAGCACGCACGGUACUGCUUGAGGAGAGGCCCUCUGUGUCCAGUGUGCCAAGUGAGAAAGCAGAUUCUGCAGUUUACAUUACAGAGGAGAAACUAGUCUCAGCAGCACUCCAGAGACCUCCUUCAACCUUCAUGUCAUCUCUUCCUGAAAAACAGCAAAGAAGCAAAAGGAAAAAAAAAAACAAACUACCCCUUCCUCCUGCCCCAGAGAAGAAAGAAAGAAAAAAAGAAAAAAAAAAAACAAACCAACUCAUACUCAUGCCAGGCCCUCUGAGAAGCAAUCACAGCCUACUCUCCCUCAGUCUGUGGAUGAAGCUCACUCAGACGAUUCAGAUGAUAUUGUCAUUGUCUCUUCGUUGUUGCAGAUGAAGAAAAACUACACCCACUUUUAAGUUUUGGUAACAGGCUCUGGUGAUCUUGAAUUAUUCAAUUCACAAAACUAUUUCUACCAAGAUAAGGCAUAUCAAAGAUGAAAAAAGGGGGAAUAUCAGCCCCUUUUUAAGGACAGUUGUCAUUAUGACAGCUGUAAAUGAGUAAUUGUUUGAUAUGUCAUCGCUGCAGACUUCAUGGCUAAAAGCCACUGACUGACUGUUAACCUUAUCCUCCUGGUAUGCAGGGAGAGUUUGGAUUUAUAAACUAAAACAAAACACUUAAAUAUUUUGUCUCACAAUGAGGAUUAUAAAUUCAAUUGCUAAAUUUAUAUGAAAGCAAUAAAGCCUUAAGCUAUUUCACAUCAAACAGAGUUUUGUUUCAGGUUGACUAAAAUAACUGGGUUAAUCGGAAGGUGGUUAAUGACAUGACUCCAGCUUUCAGCCUGUGUACAUGAGGGGGAACAGCUUGUAUUUCUUACCAGUUCCUCUCUAUUUAAAAAUUUUGUUGUGUCGUAUUUUAAUAUCUUUUUUGUUUACUUUUAUACUGAACAUUUACAGUCUCUGCAGACCUUGUAAAGGCUUUUAGAAAGCCUUUUUUUUUUUUUGUCAUAGGGCUGUUCUAGACCUACUGUAUCAGCAGGGUUUUCCUAUUUAUUGCCUUUUCCAAUGUGUGUGCUAUGAUAUGUAUAGUACCAUUUUGUAUUUGAAAUGUCUGAUCACGUAAUCAAUUUUUUUGUAUUUGUCAGAGAAGGUGUGUAAUAGCAGGAGUGUUCUGUGACGAAUGCCCUUGUGGUUGCUUUUUCUGCUUACAUAUCACAAAUACGAGUGGAUUAUGCAGGGUGAAAACAAUUGAUGUAGGAGAUACGUUGCUUUAUGUCCUGUUUUAGCCUGUGUCACUUGACUGACUGAAACUUUCACCAAACUGGAUUGCUCGUACACUGAGCACUGAGGGGUUUUAAGUCUAAUGUUGCUUUGCUGUUGUUGAUCUCUCUUCUCAGUACUAUGUAUGUGCAUACAUUAUAAAUAUAUAUACACACACAUACACUGUGAGCACACAGUAAGUCCAGUCAGAGGCUGGGAGAGGCAUCGCCAUAUACAGCCAUCUUCUGUCAUCAGGUAAAGCUACGAGGCUGACUGCUGGAAAGCACAGGCACUCCCAGCUCUGUUCUGAGUGACAUGGAUUGGGAUGAGCAUAAUAUGCAAAACCUAACCCAUACAGUUUGGUUUAGGAUCAGAAGAGGUAGGUUGGAUUAUAAUAGAAAUUAAGACUAGGUCCUGAAAUAACACUAUUUGACAGUAUUGUUGUCCAUGGAAGGACCAAAGGCAUAAUGGGCUGUGGAGAACAUGGACAGAGGGGUCUUUCUGGAUCUUUUACGCAGACUGUGCUGGAAGGAUGGCUUUAUAGUUCCUACUAUCAUGCCACCAUCCUUCACAGGCAUUACAAUGUGUGUGGCUUUUGUUUUCUUUUUUUUUAAGGUGAGCUAGAGAAAUUAUAUAUUUACUGGAAGGAGAAUUUAAUGUUACACGCAGUGAAGUUUUUGUGGAGACCCUAAUGGUUUCCUUGUCAUCAAGGAGUAAUAAAGACUCCUGUAAACAGAAAGCACACUUUUAAAUAUAAGAUUUUUAUCACCUUUUCCCUCUUCUUUUUUUUAAAUUAAAAAUCAGUUGCCACUGUUUCACAGAAUACUAAUAAGUCAGAGCUGUCUUGGUUCUUUGAUUUCAAUGAAGCACUAUCUGAGGCUUAUCAUAGUCCAUGCCAGUACUUGCAGCCAAAGAGGAAACUGGAUGGCUGCAGCACAAUGCAGCUGAUUUCAUUUAAUCCCAUCAGUGGAAAUGCUGCCUGUGCUAUUUCCAAAGGCAGUUUUGGGAGCUCUCCAUACCCAAAGCAGUCUGAAGGAUGUCAUUUACGCUCCCGUUGGGUAAAUUUUUUCCUGCUGGUACUUUGGUCACAUGACUGUCAUCUGCAGAAAGGAUAAAAAAAUAUAUAAAAUAAAAGAACAGGCAGAAGCUGAGGCCUGUUUCCCUCUUUUUCUGGAAGUCAUGUUAUGAAAAAGGGUCAUUUUGCUAAACAGAAGCAGAGCUAUACUGAGUUGCUUAUGUACAGUAUUUCAAGUCUGUAACUGUGACUCUGUCAUGGAUACCUCCAGUGAGAGUGACUAGAGCUGAGGACUCUGACACAUUAAGGGAGAGCAUGCGGUGUGUCAGGACCAAGACUGGUAUAGAGUACCUACCUAGCUAUUAUCCUAUAGAGAAGUAGUUGGACAGCAAAUAUAAUCAAGGUGGCAUUCUUUUACUGUGCUCUAAUAACCAGUAUGAAAGCAUUAGGAAGUAGAUACAGAGCGGAAAGACUUGCAUUUUAACUGAGCGUAUGAGUAGCAGUAGUGUUGCCAAUAGACAAGUUCAGGGAUAAAGGGGAGAUAAUAUCUUGGUAUGACCCAAAGGCACAGACAGAAAUCGGGGUGAAAAGGAGCAAACAUUUUCUGGGAUGAAUGAAAAUGUGUUUAGAGCUUCUGAAAUUUGAGUCUGCUAUCUCAUAGCCAUCAAAAAUCUGAUACUUCACUUGAGUCAGACUUCAAGCUAAUUUCUUAGUUUGGAAGAUAACUAUAUGCUCCCUGCAAAUCAAAAGUUUGGUGCGGUACAGUAGAAAGAGAAACCUCCACAGUAUUAGUAGCCUUUAAUGUGUCACUAUAUACUGUAAUAGAAUGCAUUGAAAGGAGUAGUAACUGAUGCUAGGCUUCGUUCUGUGGUUACCUAUCUGGAUCCCAGCACCUGUAAAUCUGUGGAACAAUGAAGGAAGAGAAAGUUAAUUUUUUAAUAAAUGGUGUUUUAAUUUAACAGGGAGCUGAGGACAGUAAAAAUUGGUGUGGCCCAAUGUAAACAUAUUCAGUUUCUGGAAAACACGUUUUCUGUAGAAAGCACUGAUAACCUUGUGGGGGUGUUAAGGUCUUGAAUUAAAAUUAAACUCCACUGUAACCUAUGUAAUCUAAGAACACACUUUCCAUUCUACUGGUAUGGGGUAAUGUUGUCUACUUAAAGCCUUUUGCAAUCUACAGUAGUGUUUAUUUAGAGAUCGUGUGUGACUAUAGAGAUCUGACUUUCGUGGGAUGUUCUCUCUCGAUUUCUUUUUGCCUUAAGUGCCUAUGCCUGUAAAUCUUUACAGAGGCAUCAAGACCUCAAAACUACUGUUUUCUGCGUAGCUAUAAAAAAUAAUCCCUGCACAGGCAACUUCUAAUAUAGUCAAAAUGGAAAAGGAAUAAUCUUGGCAUAUGAGAGCGCCAUUAAUUUUUAUGAUCUUUUUAAUAUUUAGAACUGUGCAAGUUUUUUAUGUAAUUUAUUUUGGGAUCUUUUUAAAAGCUAAAACAAUUGCAAUGUAUUUUCUCCUAAUUGUUGAACUUUCAAAUAAAGUUAAUGUUUGUAAAUUA